AUGACAGAAGAUUACGAAGUCUACAAGGAGGGGGGUCUUUUACGCGAGCGCUACAAGAAGGUGGAUGACAUAAGCGAAGGCUCUUAUGGGUACGUUUCUCUCGCCAACGAUACUCAGACCAAGAAGCUGGUGGCCGUGAAGUACAUAUUCAAAAAUGAGGAGCUCGAACAUGGCUCCAGUUUUGAAGGAGACACGGACAUGGGUUCCCACAAUUCCUCCAACCAAAAAAAGAAUGAAAUGAUCAAGCACCAGAAAUCGUUGAUCUCCGACAAAGUCCGGUCUAGAUUGUCCAAAAACAUCUGUUUCGAAGCUCUUUACGAAGUUGAUAUUCACACAAAGGUUGGAAAACACAAGAACAUUACAGAGCUCUAUGACUUUUUUGACUCUUUCAUUAUCAUGGAGUAUUGUUCAGGUGGCGAUCUUUAUGAAGCUAUCAGAGCCGAUUUGGUUCCCAAGAAGACCAAGCUUAUUACUCACAUUGCAUCCCAAAUGAUGGAAGCCAUUGAUUUUGUCCACAAGAAAGGAAUUUACCACAGAGACAUCAAGCCCGAAAAUAUCCUCAUUGAGGGUUCCGACUGGACCAUCAAGCUCACUGACUGGGGGCUUGCCACCACAGAAACCACUUCAAUGGACAGAAGUGUCGGCAGCGAGCGCUACAUGGCGCCUGAGCUCUUUGAAGAAAAUUUAGACCGCGAGGAACGUGCAGAACCCUAUGAUUGUAGCAAGGUGGACCUAUGGGCGAUUGGAAUCGUGCUUUUGAAUGUUGUUUUUCACAAAAACCCAUUCAGCGUGGCAAACCAGAGCGAUAAAUCGUUUUGCUAUUUUGCCGCCAACAGAGAAGCUCUUUUCGACAUCUUUUCUACUAUGUCUUUCGAUUUUUUCCAGGUUUUGAGACAUAGUUUGACUAUAGAUCCCACUAACCGUGACCUUGACAGCAUGAAAAAGGAGCUUGCUCAACUAGGGGAGUACACCCUCGAUGAUGAGUAUUAUAACAACUUGACAGAUGAUGGAUAUACCCCUCCAAAAUUGGAGGAGGAAAGCGCCACACCAGUGUCAACAUCUACAACGCCAAUAACCAUUGAAGAUGGAAUCGGAGGUAAAAUACCAAGGAUUUCAGUUGAGACUAUUACGCCAACAGCCUCCAUCAAGACAAAAUCGAAAGAAAAAGAUCCUAUUCCGCGUUUCAAGUUCACAAAGAGGAGCCACCCAAAUACCAGGGACGGGAACAACAAACCCGCCAAACCGAUCAGAAUUGAUAAUUCAAAAAUUAUCAAAAAUAGCCGGAAGCCACUCGCUAUUCCUACGCCUAAUACGCACAUUAACAACUUUUUCCACGACUAUCAGUCAAAGGAGAAAGAGAGCUUCAACACGAGAGAUUUUUUUACCCCACCUAGCGUCCAUAAUCGCUACAUGGAAGGGAUCUUCAACAAGUCAAGUAAACACCGUGGCCACAGAAACAGGAGGCCAAGCUCUAACGGGAAUCUCAAGUUCACUCCUAAACAAGGAGCCAAUAACUUGUCAACAUCAUUUGGUAGGCGCGGAUCCACAUAUUCACAGCAUUCACCCUCAGGGAAGUACGUGCCACCACAUUCUCGUCCAUCUUCGUUGUAUAGUGGGUCUCCUCAUAUUCCCACCAUUAAUUCCGUGCUCGACGGAGCUGAAUCGGGGCCACCAGUUCUCACCAAAAGUACCUACCAUGAGCAACACCCUGCCGUUGUUGAUAACAAUGAAAACGAUCUUGAUGACGUGUUGUUUACGCUUGAGGAAAACGACAUUGAUAGCUUCACAAACGACAUUGGCGGGCUUGCCAUUGAAGAUACGACUAUCAAAAGUGCUCCUGAUACCGUCGAAGAUAUUGGCGCUAGCUCUGCUAAUACAGGCGAGCUGCCAGAUCUUCUCAAGUCACCGACAUUAGCUAACAAAGAGCUGGAGCCGGCUACCAGAAACCCAUUUUUCAACCAGCUACAAGAGCAGAAUCCCAAUAAGGACACCGUUUAUAAACACAAGCCCGGUGUUUACAUACCUCCUCACCACAGGAAGAGCUCUGGUGGCAACUCGAUCAGUAACCAGCCUUUGUCUCCCUACGGAGGUGAAGCCACUUUAUCUGUGGGCCAAAACUCUGUCAGCUAUGGAGGCUUGAAUACACGGCGGAAGAGUUCUGGUAAUUCACGCGCUGUAAAAAAUACUCCAAAAGGCAGGCCUUUUAUGUCUCGGAAUCACGGUCGGGCCACAACCGAAGUUCAGCAAAGCGAUAUAUUUGCGGACUCAAACGCUGUGGUGUUUGAAGAAGACGAUAACGAAUUACCCUCUUUCAGUCCUAGCAGCUUCUACCAAUCUGGUACCUUUCGUACCGGGAGGAAAUCUAGUUCAGUUCAAGACGAAUUGAUAGGUUCGCUAGAGCAGUAUAAGAAUAACUGGCUCAUGUUACAACAGCAGCAAGACUGA